AUGUUACAAUUAACCCACCCCAUCGUUGACGUUGCCAUUACGUGUAGUAACUUCGAGGAGUCGCUGCGCUUCUACCACGAAUGUUUAGGCUUGGAGAUUGUUCUGGAUAUCCAGAUUCCUGAAGACGUAGCGAAAGGGGCAGGACUGGCACCACGCGGAUUUCGCCAAGUUCGUCUGCAAGCCGGGCAGACACUCAUUAAGUUGAUGGGCAUCGAAUCGCCCCCACCAACACCCUCCUACGAUUUCUCGGCUGGCGUGCGCUGGCUUACCUUUUUUGUUGAGGACGUGUGGGGGACCGUCGAAGAAUUGAAGCAGAAGGGUGUCGAAUUUUUGUCCGAGCCGGUCGGCGCUCCGGAUGCUGGCGGUGUAGUCUGCGCAAGAGACCCCGAUGGCAUUCUUAUUGAGUUUGUACAGAGAUGA